AGGGCGUGUCCGGCUGAGCUCCAUGAGUGGAGUAGGUUUGAGGGGUUUAAAGAAGAAAACAAGGGCGAACCCCGGGGCGAGAGAGGUGCGCUGUGGUUGAGUGCGCGGGAAUGGACUACCCUGUGCAUCGAGGGGACAUCAUGGCCUUGGGGCUACACGACAGGUACUGUGCAAUAUCCCUGGUGGAGGAUGAUGAUGCUCAUAUGAAGGUGUCUCUUGGCUGUGGUGAGAUGGGGCUCUCCGCCCACCUGCAGGCAUCAAAGACGGGCAACACCCGCUUCUUCACCAGUAACACCCACAGCUCCGUUGUCCUACAGGGAUUUGACCAGUUGAGGAUAGAGGGGCUGCUGUGUGACGUGACGUUGGUGGCAGGCGACGGCGAUGAGGCAUUUCCUGUCCACCGAGCCAUGAUGGCGUCAUCCAGCGACUAUUUCAAAGCCAUGUUCACAGGUGGGAUGAAGGAGCAGGACCUGAUGUGUAUCAAGCUGCACGGCGUGAACCGCAUCGGCCUGAAGAAGAUCAUCGACUUCAUCUACACAGCCAAGCUCUCGCUCAACAUGGAGAACCUGCAGGACACGCUGGAGGCGGCCAGCUUCCUCCAGAUCCUCCCAGUGCUCGACUUCUGCAAGGUGUUCCUCAUCUCCGGGGUGUCUCUGGAGAACUGCGUGGAGGUGGGGCGCAUUGCUAGCGCAUACAACCUGGCCGAAGUCGACAAAUACGUGAACAACUUCAUCCUGAAGAACUUCCCGGCGCUCCUUGGGACGGGCGAGUUCGUGAAGCUUCCUGUGGAGAGGCUCGCCUUCGCUCUGUCCUCGAACGGUCUGCGGCGCUGCAGUGAGCUGGAGCUGUUUAAGGCGGCGUGCCGCUGGCUGCGCGCGGAGGACGGGCGCAUGGAGCACGCGGCACGCCUCAUGCGCAACGUCCGCUUCCCGCUGAUGAGCCCGAGCGAGCUCAUCAACCACGUGCAGACGGUGGACUUUAUGCGCACGGACAACGCGUGCGUCAACCUGCUGCUGGAGGCCAGCAACUACCAGAUGAUGCCCUACAUGCAGCCAGUGAUGCAGUCUGAGCGCACGGCGAUCCGCUCCGACAGCGCACACUUAGUGACUCUGGGUGGCGUCCUGCGCCAGCAGCUGGUCGUCAGUAAGGAGCUGCGUCUGUUUGAUGAGAAGGCGCACGAGUGGCGCGCGCUGGCACCAAUGGACGCGCCUCGCUAUCAGCACGGCAUCGCCGUCAUCGGCAACUUCCUGUACGUCGUCGGAGGCCAGAGCAACUACGACACCAAGGGGAAGACCGCAGUGGACACGGCGUUCCGCUACGACCCGCGCUACAACCGCUGGAUGCAGGUGGCCUGCCUCAAUGAGAAAAGGACCUUCUUCCACCUGAGCGCGCUCAAGGGCCACCUGUACGCCGUCGGAGGCAGGAACGCCGCUGGAGAGCUCGCAACAGUGGAGUGUUAUAACCCCAGGACGAACGAGUGGACGUAUGUGGCCAAGAUGAAUGAGCCACACUACGGUCAUGCAGGAACCGUCUACGGAGGUUACAUGUACAUUUCAGGUGGCAUUACGCAUGACACCUUCCAGAAGGAGCUGAUGUGCUUCGACCCGGAGGCGGAUCGGUGGACGCAGAAGGCCCCCAUGACGACAGUGCGCGGGCUGCACUGCAUGUGCACGGUGGGUGACCGGCUCUACGUGAUCGGCGGCAACCAUUUCCGUGGCACCAGCGACUACGAUGACGUCCUGAGCUGCGAGUACUACAGCCCGGCGCUGGACGUAUGGACGGGUAUCGCGGCCAUGCUGCGUGGCCAGAGCGAUGUGGGCGUGGCCGUGUUUGACAACAAGAUUUACGUGGUGGGCGGUUACUCGUGGAAUAACCGCUGCAUGGUGGAGAUCGUGCAGAAGUACGACCCAGACAAGGACGAGUGGCAUAAAGUGUUCGACCUUCCCGAGUCGCUGGGGGGGAUCCGGGCGUGUACGCUUACUGUGUACCCUCCAGACGAGCUGGCGCUACCAGGGUCACCCAGCCGAGAGUCACCCCUGUCCGCCCCUUGAAAACGGAGGGGGGAGAGAUGGAAAGAGAGGGAGAAAGACGCUGAAACACAGACACGUGGACAGCUCGAGGGACUUGCAGUUUUUGCUCGGUUUGCAUCUCUCUUUCUUUUUCUCUCCCUCUGUCCCUCCUCACUUUCUCUCUCUCCAGGAAGAAUAAAGACAAUGUUUGCACUUCAUCCCUGCCCCCAAUUUUUGUCUGAGAAGCGUCUGUAGUGAGCCCCACCCCCCCCACACACACACCCUCCCUUUCUUGUUUUUGAGAUGGGGAAAGGAAAAUUGGGACACCACCUCGGUUGGGCAACCUAAUUCUAUCUUGAUGUUACUUUUUUUUUAUUAUUGUUGUUUGUUUUUACUCCUCACCUUGUUUGGCAGGAAUAAUCUUUGCUUGGGGGGGAAAAAAACAAACACCAAGCGACUUUGCAAUUCAACUUUUCUACCUGACACCUCUGGAGUUUUCAGUAUGCUGGUAUCCUCGUCCUUUCACUGACCCCGGAGUCCGACACUACAGCACAUAACCCCACCCCACCCCACCCCAACUAUCUCACUCUCUUUUUCAUUUUCUCCCCUCAUUCUCUUUCUUACUGUUUUAUUUCUCUUUCUCAUCACUCAUUCCUCAUCUCUCUGUCCUCCACUUUUCCAAUCUUCCUCCCCCCUUUCUUUUUUGCAUCACAUGUAAGCUCUCGGGGGGGGUUAGAUGACCUUUGACUUCAGGAAGUGGAAACAGAUUUCAACUCAGGGGCUGGCCUGCCCCCCCCCCCCCCCCCCCCCCCAAAAAAAUCCCCCAAAAUGACAUUUCAUUAUUUUGUUCCUGCUGUUAUGAACCGUUAAGAAAAAUUGUGUUUUCUAAAAUUUAAUAAAACCAGAUUUUGAGCAAA